AUGUCCACUCCUACCAUAGUUGUGCUGAAAGAAGGCACGGACACCUCGCAGGGCCGUGGCCAGAUUAUCUCGAACAUCAACGCGUGCGUGGCGAUCCAGGAGACUUUGAAGGCCACGCUGGGUCCGUUAGGAUCAGAUAUUCUGAUUGUGAACAACGGACGUACGACGAUUUCGAACGACGGAGCCACCAUCUUGAAACUCCUGGAUGUGGUCCAUCCCGCUGCUAAGAUUCUGGUGGAUAUCUCUCGGUCGCAGGAUGCCGAAGUUGGAGACGGAACUACCUCUGUGGCCUUGUUGGCUGCCGAGUUUCUGAAGGAGAGUAAGCAGUUCAUUGAAGAGGGUAUGCCUUCGCAUGUGAUCAUCAAGGCUUUCCGCAAAGCCUGCGACCUUGCAUGUGAGAAAAUCAGGGAGCUCCAGGUGGAACUGGCGACCGAUCACAGUGACGCAGAGAUGAGACAACUCUUGGAAAGAUGUGCUCAAACAGCCAUGUCCUCCAAAAUCAUCCAGAACAACAAAGAGCUGUUCACCAAAAUGGCCGUUGAUGCUGUGCUGGUGCUGGACAGAGACGAUCUAGACGAAGAUCUGAUUGGAAUCAAGAAGGUUGCGGGUGGAUCAGUGGACGAGUCCAGACUGAUUCACGGUGUCGCUUUCAAGAAGGCCUUUUCGUAUGCCGGAUUCGAGCAGCAGCCAAAGAAGUUCAGCAACCCAAGGAUUCUGUCCUUGAAUGUGGAGCUGGAAUUGAAGGCAGAAAAAGAUAAUGCAGAGGUCAGGAUCGACAAGGUGGCAGACUACCAGGAAAUUGUGGACGCAGAGUGGAAAAUUAUUCUGAAUAAAUUGGACGCGAUUGUGGCUACCGGAGCCAACAUCGUGCUCUCGAAGCUGCCAAUCGGUGACCUGGCGACCCAGUAUUUUGCUGAUAGAGGCAUAUUCUGUGCCGGUAGAAUUCCUGCCCAGGACAUGGAAAGAGUGGUUCAUGCCGUCGGAGGGUCGAUCCAGACGACGGUUUCAGACAUCAAGCCUGAGCAUCUGGGCUCAUGUGAAACAUUCGAGGAAGUCCAGAUAGGUGGAGAAAGAUAUAACCUUUUUGAAGGCUGUCCGAUUGCCAAGACCUGUACCAUAAUUCUGAGAGGAGGAGCCGACCAGGUGAUUGCCGAGGUCGAGCGUUCUUUGCACGACGCCAUCAUGAUCGUGAAGAGGGCUUUGAAGCACAACGCCGUGGUGGCUGGAGGAGGAGCCAUAGAGAUGGAGCUAUCCAAACACCUGAGAAACUACUCUAGACAGAUUGCUGGAAAACAGCAGCUUAUCAUCGCGGCGUAUGCUAAGGCUUUGGAGGUGAUUCCUAGACAGCUGUGUGAGAACGCGGGUCUCGACGGAACUGAUCUCUUGAACAACCUUAGAGCACAGCACUCCAAGGGGGAGGCGUGGUACGGACUGGACUUUGAGAGCGAGACCGUCAGUAAUAAUUUCGAGAAAUUUGUUUGGGAGCCAGCUUUGGUGAAGAUGAAUGCAUUGCAGAGCGCUACAGAGGCCGCCGUUCUGGUGCUGAGCGUUGACGAGACGAUCAAGAAUGAGCCUAACGAGCCUCAGCCUCAACAGCCGAUGGGCAGAGGAAGAGGAAUACCCAGAUAA